AUGAACAACGAGGUAGAAUGCGAACUACAACUCAGCCAGGUUGCUGUGAAUGUUGAUCCUUCCAACUCAUUUAUGUACAAUUCUUUGAACCAGCCAACACCAAAGGAAGGAUCUAUUAAGAUUAUUGUGGUUGUUUCAUCUAUAAUCGCUGCUAUAAGUGGACUUCUCUUUGGCUAUUCUUAUUCAAAUAUAUCUGGAGCUAUUCUGGAGCUACAGAAAAUUUUACAACUUGGAUGCAACCAGCAGGAAAUAGUAGUGAGUGUAAUCCUAAUUGGAGGCAUUGUGGGCGCCUCCACUGGUGGAUAUAUCAUGGACCGAUUGGAAAGAAGAACGGUCAUCAUUGCAACCUCAUGUGGUCUUAUACUGGGAAGUGUUUUAACAAUGGGUUCCUCCUACGCAUUGCUUGUUGCAGGCCGCAUUGUGAAUGGAAUCUCCAUAACUUUAAGCAUGAUUGCAACAUGUGCUUACAUAUCGGAAAUUGCCCCAGCAGCGAAAAGAGGCUUGCUGGUAUCUAUGGUUGAACUGAUGGCUGUUUUCGGCAUUCUGUUGGCUUAUGUUGUCAAUUUUAGUUUUGUCAACAUUUCAAAUGGAUGGAAAUUCACAUUUGGUAUUGUGAUCCCAAUAGCACUACUACAAAUCAUCGGAGUAUUCUACAUUCCAUCAAGCCCUUAUUUUCUGAUUAAGAAGGGUGAGGAUGAAAAAGCCAAUCUUAUUUUAAAAAGGACCAGGUUCUAUUCUGAAACAUCUGGGGAACUGAAUAACAUAAAGUCUUUCUUGAAUAAUGAAUCCAACUAUAAAUGUUUAGACAUGUUUAGUUCAAAAAGCAACAUGAACUUUCGAAUGCUAAUAGGAAUUAGUUUGACCUUUUUUUUGCAAGUUACAGGCCAACCAAAUCUUUUAUUCUAUUCAUCUAUUAUGUUAAAAUCUGUUGGAUUUGAAAGUGUUUCAGCAGCAACUCUGGCUUCAGUUGGCUUAGGAUUGGUAAAAAUGUUUGGCACAAUUGUGGUAAUAUUCUUCGUGGACAAAGUAGGACGCAGAACCUUACUAUGCGUUGGAGCUGCUGCUAUGAUGGUGUCACUGAGCAUAAUUGGAAUAGCAAGUUACAACAUCCCAAUGAAAUUCAUUCAUAUCUGUAUUGAGCCAAACCACACAAGUCAUUUGCAAGAUAAUAUUAUAACAGUGGAUUACAACUUGAUAGCUGCCAGAACUACUCCUUUGGAAACAUACACCAGUUCAUUGCUGCCCAGUGGCUUUUCUACAGCAAACCAGUCUUACAGCAAAAUCAGAGCUUCAAAUGAAUCCUCUCCAAUGAUGGAAAGACCCGAAACUGAGAGUGUCUCUCCUGUUGUGAAAUGGGUGCUACUUUGCGGCUUACUUAUGUGUGGACUUGCAUAUUCAGUAAGUUUUGGACCAGUUGUCUGGGUGUUGCUGAGUGAAAUAUUUCCAGUGGGAAUAAAAGGCAGGGCUAUGUCUUUCAUAGGAAUGUUCCAAUUGAUUGUAAACCUCCUGAUUUCUCUGACCUUUUUGAAUGUGACAGAGUCUAUUGGCCUGAUGUGGAUGUUCUUUAUCUGUGCCACGUUGAGUUUUGUCUCAUUGGUUUUUAUAAUUUUCCUUGUACCUGAGACAAAAGGUCUGCCAUUAGAGCAGAUAACUGAGCAAUUUAGUCUAAGGUACAAUGUAAGGACUUUGAGCUGCUAUACAGGUAACUGUAUGAAGAGAGUUGUACCAAGGAUAUUUCAGAAACGUAGAAGUGAUGAGCACUGCAUUUGGGCUACAGAUGUCCAAUACCACAUUGAAGAUGUUUCUCUCUAUUCCGAAUGAGUCGUUAAAUGAAGGUCUUGGCCGCUUGUGGUUCAGGUGGAUGUUAAAAGAUCCCAUGCUGAUAUUUCAAAGAAGAAUGGGAAGCUUUCUCAUUCAAACUCAUCUCCCCAAAAUUAGAUUGUUGUGGCUGCUAAUCUCUUUUUUUUGGACAUUACAGAUAUGUAUUGCUGUGUUUGCCCAUGUAGCAAAAUUGCGUAAUUUUAAAUUAUUCUCAUUUCAUGAACUGCUCAUGAACUAAUACUCAUUUACUUAGACAAAUGUAAGUUGCUGUUGUUUAUACAAAUUAGUUCAUUAAAGUAAUAAUACUUAAUAACUCAUAUACAAUGGAUAGUCUAGAGUAGCUGGGAUUGUUUUUCUUAGAACAGGGAAGGUUAAGGCGAGACUUAAUAAAGAUGUUCAAAAUUAUGAGGGGUUUUGAUAAGAGUAAAUAAGGAGAAACUAUU